AGGCACUUUGAAGGGCUCACAAGAGAAAGACGAAAAGGGAGAAGAAGUAAUGCUGAUACUUGAUUCCUUCCUCCAACUCUUUGAUAAGGUGAACAGAUAUCAUGCACUGGCAAAGUAUAGAAUCUUCACAUCCAUUACUGUUACCAUGGUUCAGUACUACCUUGGUUCAACCUAUGUUUGUUAUCUGCCUUUCUUUUUUUGUACAAAACGCCAAUGCCUGCUGUGUGACUUUUAUGUCAUGGUGCCCAAAUGUUAUUGAAAGAACCCAAUGCCUGUCCGUUGGGGAUGCCAUGCCGCCGCCCUAUUCCCCUAGAAAGAAAAAAGAAAAAAAAUGGACACAUUGGCCUAGGUACAGCUUUCACUUGGCCACAACCAGUUUUCUUUUCCAUGACCGAAAAUAUCCACAUUAUAAUCGUAACAAAACACCUAAACAAAAUCGAAGUAUCCGAGAGAGAUACUUUGUUUGCUUUGGGUGGGGGUCUGCUGAUUCCCUUCCAGAACGUUGAAAAAUGCAAUGUGCCUGCUUAUACAUACAAAGCCGGGUGCCUCUUCACUCCGGCUUGUUCGCUCGGUCGACACCUGCCCUCCA